AUGGCUGAUGAAAAGUCAACCGCCAUUAUUGUACUUACAUCUGACAUAUCACCCCCUACUAGGCUAUCAACUGUCUCUAUGUGUGAGGACGUGUCGACACUGAUAGUCAACACGACCCACCUUUUUAUUGACGAAGCAGGCCAAACCCCAACCAGUCAAAUAAUCCAUAUCUUAACCUAUGCAACAAAAUUAGAGAAAAUUUUUGUCACCGGGGAUCAAAAACAACUGGGUGUUUAUAAAGAGGACAUCCCAAAAUACCUCCACAAAUAUGGCUUCAACUCCAUAUUAAACCAUGCACUCUCAAUACCCUCAAUCCCAGUCAUUAAACUCACUAAAUCAUAUAGAAGUCACCCAGCUUUAACAAAUAUAGUAGCCGAAACUUUUUACGAUUUAGACCUAGAACCCGGGGUAUCAGAAAAUCAAAGAGCCGAAGCACUCACAUUCCCCUUCCCAGUAAGUAAUAUACCUCUCCUCUUAGUACACACACCCGAAAAAGAUGAGAGAGAUAAUCACUCAUUCUCCCGCUUCAAUACCUCACAAACACAAAUAGCUAAAUUAAUAACCGAAAAAUUCCUAGAAACCACCAAUUUACCAAUUGUGAUUCUGUUUGUAUAA